UGCCCAGUGUGAAACCAGAAGUGACAGAACCUAAAUGUCAGCCAUGGGAGAAAGUACAUCAGUCGCAAUGUGUGUGCAAAAUGCCCUAUGAGUGUGGUCCUUCCCUGGACACCUGUGCUACAGAUCAAAGAACCAAGAGAAACACACCUUUAACUGUUUGCAAGAUGCAUGCCUUGGAGUGCAUGGGCAGAAAAUAUUCUCUUACUAAUGCAGAAAACUGCAAAAUACCUCAGGCACCUGAAAUAUCAUGUGGAUCAUGCCGUUCGUGGGAAAAAUGCGACGCGCAAUCCAACAGCUGUGUUUGUGACAAAGACGAGCGAUGCGAGGAGGGAGGCAUCCAGAUCUGUGCUGAAGUGAGCAGCUCUGCUGCCCAUCGGACCAUGACCGAGUGUGAGGCUGGGCGGCUCAAAUGCCAGGGGGAGACUGUCACCCUUGUCAGCAUAAGGCCCUGUGAUGUACAGAGCCAAUAA